AUGACGCCAGAACCAACCAAGUUGCCCGAACUCCUCUUGAGCCACCACACUGAACCUACUGAACUUGAUGAGAAUAUGGAAUGUGGCGUUUGUAAUACCGAAGUCAAGAAAAACUCCUUCUUGGAACACUUGGAGUGCUGCGCUGCUGGUACCAAGAUUCCUCAUCUCAUGAUGAAUGUAUUUUUCCUCGAGGAAGAAGUGAUUGCUAGAGAUGACAUUCUGGAGAAAAACUUUCUCCAUCUCGUCAAUGAUGAACCUCUCGAACUCAGGAACCAGAACUGUUUAUACUGCUCAAAUGCAGAUAUGCACGCAGAUGGCUUGUGCCGGAAUGUUAAACGGACUCACUUCCUUGGGGGAAUGUUCCAAAACAGUGCUAACGAGUAUUUCGACAUGAUCAAACUCAUCCAUGCCUUAAAAAACCAAGCCACCGUCUUGCUGUUGAAAAUGCAACAAAAACGAAAAAUGGAUCGAAUCAUUUUACUACUUCAAGUAGUUUUUCGAAUCGAAAACGGCGGAAAUUUGAUGGAGUGUCUCCCAGCAGACGCAUUCAAAGUCUUGAAGAAAAUUGAGAAAAAAGACACUGAAGCAGUUUCAAAGAUGAGAUUGGAACUUCGAAAAAAUGCAGAGGAAGAGUUGAACUUCUCCGAGUUGGCAAGAAAUUUGUGUCUUGAGGAAAUGGUGAAAGAAUUGUUGACCAUGGACAUCAAAAACCCAAGAAUCUCGCCUUUCGAAUUCGUGAACACUGCUUAA